AUGUUACUUGAUUCAAGUAGUAUGGUUGAGGUGGAUGUUAAUGAAUUGCAACAAGUGCAACAACCACUUGAAGUGGUGGAAGAUGAAGAUGAGGAUGUAGAGGAAGAGGAAGAGGGAGAGGAUGAAGAAGAGGAAGAAGACACUGAAGAGUCAGAUGACGAUUUAGAAGUUGAUGGUAUUGAUAGUGAUGAUGAUGUCAACUUAGAAGAUAUGCCUCGAAGAGUAGUAUCAUCUAGAGGUAGAGGACAUAGCCAGCAGCUCUCUAUGAAUGAAACAGAUAAUCCAACUACAGAUUGUACUUCUCUAUCAGAUGAUUCAACAAAUUCAUAG